GAGCGCUCUGACAACUGCUUCCAAUUAAAGGGACCGGGGAAGCCGCGGCAGCGAUGGAGACGGAAACAUAUUAAAAAAAAGAAGUUUCAGAAUUACGCGAUAUGCCUGAUCGCAUGUUAUGUGCCGUGCUGGAGCCAUUUCAGCUUUACUAUUCCCGUUGAUCCACUCCCUGUAUAGUACCGCGAGUCCCAGCAUGCUGAAGAGGAAGCAGAGUUCCCGGGUCGAGGCCCCGCCCAUGACCGAUUUCGGCCCGGACGAAACACUCGCUGACAGCGCCGAUAUUCUCUGGAUCAACAAACCAUGGGUCCACUCGUUGCUGCGAGCGUGCGCCAUCAUCAGCGUGAUCUCCAUGUGCAUGAACACGCCCAAGACCUUCGAGCACUACCCGCCGCUGCAGUACGUGACCUUCGCCCUGGACACGCUGCUCAUGUUCCUGUACACCGCCGAGAUGAUCGCCAAGAUGCACAUCCGCGGCAUCGUCAAGGGGGACAACCCUUACGUGAAGGAUCGCUGGUGCAUGUUCGACGGCUUCAUGGUGUUCUUCCUCUGGGUCUCCCUGGUGCUGCAGGUGUUUGAGAUCGCGGAGAUCGUGGAUCAGAUGUCUCCGUGGGGAAUGUUGCGGAUCCCCAGGGCUCUCAUCAUGAUCCGAGCGUUCCGGAUCUACUUCCGCUUCGAGCUGCCACGCACACGCAUCACCAACAUCCUCAAACGGUCCGGAGAACAGAUCUGGAGUGUGUCCAUAUUCCUGCUCUUCUUCCUCCUGCUCUACGGAAUUCUGGGAGUUCAGAUGUUCGGAACGUUUAACUACCACUGCGUCACCAACGACACGGUCAAAGAUAAUGUGUCCUGGAAUAACCUGGCCAUUCCGGAUACACACUGCUCUCCCGACGGAGAGGGGUACCAGUGUCCCCUGGGCUUCAAGUGCAUGGACCUGGAGGACCUGGGGCUCAGCCGCCAGGAGCUCGGAUACAGCGGCUUCAACGAGUUAGGCACCAGCAUCUUCACGGUGUACGAGGCUGCAUCUCAGGAGGGCUGGGUCUUCCUCAUGUACCGCGCCAUCGACAGCUUCCCCCGCUGGAGGUCCUACUUCUACUUCAUCACCCUCAUCUUCUUCCUCGCUUGGCUGGUCAAGAACGUCUUCAUCGCCGUCAUAAUCGAGACGUUCGCUGAGAUCAGGGUGCAGUUCCAGCAGAUGUGGGGAUCCCGAAGCAGCACGACCUCAACUGCAACCACACAGAUGUUUCAUGAGGACUCUGCGGGGGGCUGGCAGCUUGUGGCGGUGGAUGUGAACAAACCCCACGGACGAGCACCUGCCUGUCUCCAGCAGCUGAUGAGGUCCUCAGUGUUCCACAUGUUCAUCUUGAGCAUGGUGGCGGUGGAUGUGAUUGUUGCCGCUAGCAACUACUACAAGGGCGAGAACCAUCGACAACACUACGACGAGUUCUACCUGGCAGAGGUGGCCUUCACCGUGCUCUUUGACCUGGAAGCGCUCCUGAAGAUCUGGUGUCUGGGCUUCACUGGCUACAUCAGCUCCUCUCUGCACAAGUUUGAGUCUCUGCUGGUGAUGGGGACCACCCUGCACAUCUACCCCGACCUCUACCACUCCCAAUUCACCUACUUUCAGGUGCUGCGGGUGGUGCGCCUGAUUAAGAUCUCCCCGGCGCUGGAGGACUUUGUGUAUAAGAUCUUCGGGCCGGGGAAGAAGCUGGGCAGCCUGGUGGUGUUCACGGCCAGCCUGCUCAUCGUGAUGUCGGCCAUCAGCCUCCAGAUGUUCUGCUUCGUGGAGGGGCUGGAUCGCUUCACCACCUUCCCGCGGGCUUUCAUGUCGAUGUUCCAGAUCCUCACGCGAGGCUGGGUGGACGUCAUGGACCAGACGCUGGUCGCGGUCGGACACAUGUGGGCCCCUGUGGUGGCUAUCUACUUCAUCCUGUACCAUCUAUUCGCCACCCUGAUUCUGCUGAGUCUUUUUGUUGCCGUGAUCCUUGACAACCUGGAGCUUGAUGAAGACUUGAAGAAGCUUAAACAGCUGAAGCAGAGCGAGGCCAACGCAGACACCAAGGAGAAGCUUCCGCUACGCCUGCGCAUAUUCGAGAAGUUCCCCAACCGGCCGCAGAUGGUGAAGAUCUCCAAGCUGCCGUCCGACUUCACCGUGCCCAGGAUCAGAGAGAGCUUCAUGAAGCAGUUCAUAGACCGUCAGCAGCAGGACUCCAGCUGCCUGUUCCGCAGGCUCCCCUCGGCCUCGUCCUCCUGCGACCACUCCAAGCGCUCCGCCAUCGAGGAGAACAAGUACAUCGACCAGAAGCUCCGGCGGUCGAUAUUCAGCAUCCGCGCGCGGAAUCUCCUUGAGAAGGAGACGACCAUCAAUAAGAUUUUGCGGGCCUGCACCCGGCAGCGCAUGCUGAGUGGGUCCUUCGAGGGUCAGCCUGCCAAGGAGAGAUCCAUACUGAGUGUACAACACCACAUCCGCCAAGAACGCAGGUCCCUGAGACAUGGCUCCACCAGCCAGAGAAUCAGCCGGGGGAAGUCCCUGGAGACCCUUACACAGGACCACUCCAGUACAGUGCGGUACAGGAACGCUCAGAGGGAGGACAGUGAGAUUAAGAUGAUCCAGGAGAAGAAGGAGCAGGCCGAAAUGAAGAGGAAGGUGCAGGAGGAGGAGCUGAGGGAGAAUCACCCGUACUUUGACAAGCCGCUGUUCAUCGUGGGGCGCGAGCACCGCUUCAGGACCUUCUGCCGCAUGGUGGUGCGGGCGCGGUUCAACGCGUCGAAAACAGACCCAAUUACAGGAGCGGUGAAAAACACCAAGUAUCACCAGCUAUAUGACCUCCUGGGCCUGGUGACCUAUCUGGACUGGGUGAUGAUCGUGGUGACCAUCUGCUCCUGCAUCUCCAUGAUGUUCGAGUCUCCCUUCACCCGAGUCAUGCACGUCCCCACCCUGCAGAUCGGAGAGUACGUCUUCGUCAUCUUCAUGAGCAUCGAGCUGAACCUGAAGAUCAUGGCUGACGGGCUCUUCUUCACUCCCACGGCCGUCAUCCGAGACUUCGGAGGAGUCAUGGACAUCUUCAUCUACCUGGUGAGCCUGAUCUUCCUGUGCUGGUUGCCGGGUAACGUGCCCUCGGAGUCCGGGGCCCAGCUGCUGAUGAUGCUGCGCUGCUUGCGGCCGCUCAGGAUCUUUAAGCUGGUGCCCCAGAUGAGGAAGGUGGUGCGGGAGGUGCUCAAGGGCUUCAAGGAGAUCUUCCUGGUGUCCAUCCUCCUCCUCACCCUCAUGCUGGUCUUCGCCAGCUUCGGAGUUCAGCUCUUUGCCGGAAAGCUCGCCAAGUGCAACGACCCCCACAUCGACGAGCGGAAGGACUGCCACGGAAUAUUCCGGAUCAACGUCAGCGUCUCGAAAAACCUCAACCUGAAGCUGAAGGCGGGCGAGAAGAAGCCGGGGUUCUGGGUGCCGCGUGUCUGGGCGAACCCGCGCAACUUCAACUUCGACAACGUGGGGAACGCGAUGUUGGCGCUGUUCGAGGUUCUGUCUCUGAAGGGCUGGGUGGAGGUCCGUGAUGUCAUCAUCCAUCGUGUGGGACCGAUCCACGGGAUCUACAUCCACGUCUUCGUCUUCCUGGGCUGCAUGAUCGGCCUCACCCUGUUCGUGGGCGUGGUCAUCGCCAACUUCAACGAAAACAAGGGCACGGCUCUGCUGACUGUGGACCAGAGGAGGUGGGAGGAUCUGAAGAGCCGGCUGAAGAUCGCUCAGCCCCUCCACCUGCCCCCCCGCCCAGAAAAUGGCGGCUUCCGGGCAAAGAUGUACGACAUCACUCAGCACCCCUUUUUUAAGCGCGGGAUCGCGGUUCUGGUGCUGGCCCAGUCUGUGCUGCUGUCCGUGAAGUGGGAUGUGGACGACCCAGUGACGGUUUCCUUGGCGACCAUGUCAGUGAUCUUCACCUUCAUCUUCGUGCUGGAGGUGACGAUGAAGCUGAUCGCCAUGUCUCCCGCUGGGUACUGGCAGAGCCGGAGGAACCGCUACGACCUCCUGGUGACCUCUCUGGGCGUGAUCUGGAUCGUCCUGCACUUCGCUUUACUGAACGCCUAUACCUACAUGAUGGGCACCUGUGUGAUCGUCUUCAGGUUCUUCACCAUUUGUGGGAAACACGUGACCCUGAAGAUGCUGCUGCUCACAGUGGUGGUCAGCAUGUACAAGAGCUUCUUCAUCAUCGUGGGCAUGUUCCUCCUCCUCCUCUGCUACGCCUUCGCCGGGGUAGUCCUCUUCGGCACCGUCAAGUACGGCGAGAACAUCAACAGGCACGCAAACUUCUCCACGGCGGGGAAGGCGAUAACGGUGCUGUUCCGCAUCGUGACGGGAGAGGACUGGAACAAGAUAAUGCAUGACUGCAUGGUGCAGCCGCCGUUCUGCACCCCAGACAAGCACCGGUACUGGGAGACGGACUGUGGGAACUACGCUGGCGCACUCAUCUAUUUCUGCUCCUUCUACGUCAUCAUCGCUUACAUCAUGCUCAACCUGCUCGUGGCCAUCAUCGUGGAGAACUUCUCCCUCUUCUACUCCACGGAGGAGGACCAGCUGCUGAGCUACAACGACCUGCGGCACUUUCAGAUCAUCUGGAACAUGGUGGACGACAAGCGAGAGGGAGUCAUCCCCACCUCGCGGGUGAAGUUCUUGCUGCGUCUCCUGAGGGGCAGGCUGGAGGUGGACCUGGACAAGGACAAGCUGCUCUUCAAACACAUGUGUUACGAGAUGGAGCGCCUCCACAACGGGGGAGACGUCACCUUCCACGACGUGCUGAGCAUGCUCUCGUACCGCUCGGUGGACAUCAGGAAGAGUCUGCAGUUGGAGGAGCUGCUGGCGCGGGAGCAGCUGGAGUACACCAUAGAAGAAGAGGUGGCCAAGCAGACCAUCCGCAUGUGGCUGAAGAAGUGUCUGAAGCGCAUCCGUGGCAAGCAGUGCAGUAUCAUCCACAGUCUGAGAGAGAGCCAGCAGCAGGAGCUCAGCCGCUUCCUGAACCCGCCCAGCAUCGAGACCACGCUGCCCAGCGAGGACGCCAACGCCCACAACCAGGACAACCCCUCCCAGCCUGAGAUCGGCAGCCUGCAGCAGCUGCUCAGCCCCACACUGUCCGAUCGCGGUGGGUACCGCCAGGACUCCACCGACACCAAACCCCAGAGGAAGCUGGGCCAAUGGCGUCUCCCUGCAGGGCGGACCAGCGUGAAGUCGGUGGUGUGUAAGAUGAACCCGGUCAGCGACGAGGCGUCCUCGGGGUCAGAGGUCAAGAAGUGGUGGACGAGGCAGCUCACCGUGGAGAGUGACGAGAGCGGCGAUGACCUCAUCGACAUUUAAGAGCAGCUCCUGCUGCUGGAGUUCAGAAGGCCAAGGGAACACAAGCCCAGGUGUUGAUGGGAAAUGUAGUCCAGAGUUAUUGGGUGGCAGUGACGUACUGGUACUGAGUCCAUUUUCCGGCAGAAAUUCCCAGAAGUGCGUAUGGUUAACAUUAACCCUCUGGAUUAAGGUGUCUGUGUAGCAACCUGACAGAGAAAAUGUUAAGCUUAUUUGCAGACUAUUGGCGUGUGUGCGUGUGUGUGUGUGUGUGUGUGCCUGCCUGCCUGCAGGUGUGUGUGUGUGUGUGAG